AUGGCAGGUCAGUUCUAUCAAUUUUUCGGCUCUGCUGAGCCUGCACAAGACAAUGAGAUUGAUCGCCUCUGUCGCAUUGAUAUGCAACUGACCUUUCUUUUCCCUUAUGCACAGCGGUGCUACAUCGUCCGGAUCGUCUUCGUCUCCUGCCUUGGUUGGGGCACCUGCCCCUCCCCUCCACAAGAUUCGGAGUCGGUAAGUAUCGGAGCUCCUCCUCCUUCACCCGAUUCACCCGAAACUGUCCAUGCAGGUGCACUUACGGCACCCCUUGAUGAUUUGCUUGCGCAGGUAGAUGACGCCUCCGUCCUCCAUGGAAGGGACGCCAAGGCACUUCGGAAUGCCGCGUCGGUAGCCAUAGCUCAAGUCUGGCGAGAUGCGAGAUUUCAGACCACAGCCCUUGCGCAAAGGAUUAACGAGGGUAAUACUUCUUUGACACGCAAGUUGAACGAGUCCUUUCUAGCGGUAGGUAACCGUCUUGAUUCACUCCCUACCGUUGCAAUGAUGCUUAUAAUCUCUCUAGCAAUAAUCAACGUCGUUAUUUCCAGGCCAGCCGCCAGCGCCAACUGCCCCGCUCCGAUGUCUGCUACAACUGUGGAGGAGUUUGACACUUCAUAUAUCAAUGCCCACGGCACCGAACUACAGCGCACGCCGCCGAGGCGGCCCCUUCACCAUUGGUUCCUACUAACCGUGGCCCUCCUGUUCAACGUGCUUAUGGCUUGUGAUGCUUUUCUUCCUCCUCCUUCUCCUUCGGCUGAUCCUCUAGCCUCCGCUCAGCAGCGGAUAGCAGAACUCUCUCUUAAAGUAGACCAAACGAAAGCCGAGCUCUCAAAUUCUCAGUCUAGAGUUGUUUUACUUCAACAUAACGAGGAGCUCGCUCAAUCAGCUUUUGACAAUAAGCCAUCUACUUCUUCAAAUUCAUCUGCUACUGGUUUACUUCCUGAUGUUCGACUUCUCUUUCUUUGCUGUUUCGCUCUGGCGUCGGUAGCCAAUUGUUCGGCUUCCCCUGACGCCUGGCUUUGCCCAACAGAAAAUCCUACUAACCUCUUUUUUGUCCCAUAUUCUUAUAAUUGUUCUUGGCUCUUGCCAAAUUCCACCACCCAGUUGCAGUCCCUACAGGUGUAUCGCCUCAAUACUAAGCGCUACUCUACCCCCGCUUCCUUUUGUAAGAUCAUUCGUCAUUUCGUUUCCUAUUCCGUUAACUUUUUUGGUGCACGAACCGAGACGCACGUAGAGACUCACCUUCCUGUGUCGGCGGAGGAAUGUAAGCUCAUGUCCCGUCAUAAGAAAUUCGCUCACGGUGACAUGUUCCAGCAUGGUGACAUCUGGCGAUCGACCAACAACGCGGUAGCUCAAUUCAUGGAAACUGCUCCGUCUAGAACAGUACCACCAUCUGGAUGUCUUGCGUUACGUGUCGAAUUCCGCCUUAGCAGAAGGAGCGCCUCAGACAUUAAUCGACCUCCAUACCAACCUGAAGCACUUACCUCGCGUCUACGGGCAGAUAAUGUCCCCUUAUACUCGUUGGCGCUGCAAUGCCUACCAUCGCGAACACGAGCUUCUCGAACGUUUUCUGUUCCAGCACGAUCUCGCCACAGAGCUCACCGAUGCCGAGCGCGACGAGUAUCGUUUGGCGGAACGCGACAUCUCCGACCUAACCAGGGAUGCCGUCGACGCGAUAUUCGCACGGUAACCAAGCGUACCCAAGUUGACAUCCACACCGUAGAUAGCGUUCAGGGGCGUGAGAAGGAUGUCGUAGUCCUACUGACGACACGUACCGGCUUUGACGCUGAGCGUGGGGAAUUCCCUAACGACCCCCACCGACUGCACGUAGCCCUGUCCCGUUGUCUCCACGGACAAUUCGUGCUCGGUCAUGAGAAAUCCUUAGCCGGCUUGUCGUAUUGGGACAUCCUACUCCGUUGGGCGCGGAAUUCCGGCGCCGUAACGACGACCGCAUCGCUGCCCGAUCUGCUCGAAUAG